CGUCUAGUGAUCUUUUUCAGCUUCGUUGGACCCAGAGCUGGCCAUUUUCAUCCAGCCCUCUCUCUAGCUUGGCAAUGGCCGCGAGGGCGUGUCCUGCUGCUUCUGGUUACCGUGUGUGCUGAAGCAUCUGACGCGCUUGCGCCGAGCAGCAGGAGCUAGCCGUUCAUGCUCUUCUUCCCUCCCCUUGGCAUCUGAAGCAGUAAGAGCUCAAGUUCACAGAGGGCGUUCGUCCGAUCUACAAAGCCCAGCUGUACAUCGCCUUAGCUAGCUUGCAGAUCGCAAGCUAGAUAGUAAUGGAGAACCACCAGCUGCCCUACACCACCCAGCCGCCGGCAACGGGCGCGGCCGGAGGAGCCCCGGUGCCUGGCGUGCCUGGGCCACCGCCGGUGCCACACCACCACCUGCUCCAGCAGCAGCAGGCCCAGCUGCAGGCGUUCUGGGCGUACCAGCGGCAGGAGGCGGAGCGCGCAUCGGCGUCCGACUUCAAGAACCACCAGCUGCCGCUGGCUCGGAUCAAGAAGAUCAUGAAGGCCGACGAAGACGUGCGCAUGAUCUCCGCGGAGGCGCCCGUGCUCUUCGCCAAGGCCUGCGAGCUCUUCAUCCUCGAGCUCACCAUCCGCUCCUGGCUGCACGCCGAGGAGAACAAGCGCCGCACACUGCAGCGCAACGACGUCGCCGCUGCCAUCGCGCGCACCGACGUCUUCGACUUCCUCGUCGACAUUGUGCCCCGCGAGGAGGCCAAGGAGGAGCCCGGCAGCGCAGCCCUCGGGUUUGCCGCCGGAGGGGUUGGUGCGGCCGGUGGGGGCCCAGCCGCCGGGCUGCCGUACUACUAUCCGCCGAUGGGGCAGCCGGCGGCACCUAUGAUGCCGGCCUGGCAUGUUCCGGCGUGGGAACCGGCGUGGCAGCAAGGCGGGGCGGACGUGGACCAGGGUGCCGGGAGCUUCGGCGAGGAAGGGCAAGGGUUCACGGGCGGCCAUGGUGGCUCAGCUGGCUUCCCUCCUGGACCUCUAAGCUCCGAGUGAUCGAUGCCAGAGCUGUAUGCGCGCAUUGGAUACUCAAUGCUGUUUACCACGGCGCGCAAUGUAACUGUAAUUGUGUGAGUAUAUGGCAUGUCUUGCGUUAGUUAAGGACUAACAACAAGCAGUUAUUUAUCCAUUUGAAAAAAAAAAACAAGCAGAAAACUACCAUGAGUUUGAAUCCA